AGAACUCUUCGUAUCGAGGACAUGAAUUGGAGAAGUCUAUGCUGCAGAAGCUGAGGACCGAAUGUGGAGGUGGGUUUACAUCGAAGCUCGAGGGAAUGUAUCGUGAUAUGGAUUUGAGCUGUGCGCUAAACAAGGAGUUCACUGAGAAGAGGAACCAACAACUGCAGGGUGAUGAUAACCAAUCGCCGCAGUUCGAGGCUAUGGUCCUGACAUCGGGAAUCUGGCCCACCUAUACCCAGUGGCCCAAGGAU